ACAGAGUGAAGGCAACAACAUGUGCCAGAGAAAGAAAAAACAGUCCUCGUUGAUUUUGCCCUUCCAUCGGGCUCCAAAAUUCCUUCGGUUUAAUCCCUACAUCAAGAAGGGGUACCGGGCAAACCUCUCUACGUUCGAAUGCUUCCGCAGUCUCCUGUGGUGGACAAAUGAGACGCUGAACAUAUGGUCUCACAUUGCCGGGUUUGUUGUGUUUUUCGGCUUAUUUCUUUAUGAUGUAAAUGUUGUGUACUACAAGUACCAAGCCACUGAGAAUGAUGCAGUAGUUGCUUCAUUUGUGCUGCUGUGUUUCAUGACCUGCAUGAUUCUCUCUUCCCUGUACCAUACUCUAAACUGUCGUUCCGAAGAAUCUUGUCGGAAAUGGCUCUCCUAUGACAUUUUUGGGAUAUCAGCGUCGUUUUUUGCCAUCUUCCUAAGUGGGAUCUACUACGGAUUUUGGUGCCCUGAGUUUUUACAUUUACGCUACAUGUAUAUGGCCUUGGUAUGUGUCCUGUUUGCUGGAGCCAUGAUCUUCCUGCUCACCCCAAAGUUGAUGGGUCAGGAAUGGGAAUGGGCACGAGUGACACUGUUCACAGGCUGGGCCGUGUCGGGUAUGUUGCCCACAAUUCACUGGACAAUCCUACAUGGGGGCGUCAGGACGGGGAUAGUCCAGGUUUUCUUACCUCGUAUCUGUAUGAUGUAUGCCAUCAGUGGGACAGCUGUUGUUGUCUAUAUGUGGAAAAUACCUGAGAGAUAUUUUCCAGGUCGCUUUGACUUCAUCGGGGCUUCUCACCAGCUGUGGCACCUCAUCAUAGUCGCAGCCCUGGUCUACUGGCACCAGACGGGUUUGGAGUAUGCCUACUACAGAAUGGUCUUUGGUUGUAAUGGUAUUUCUGCAAAGAACUAACAGCAUUCGUCUUUUCUUAACUGUGAUAUUUGGUUACUUAAGAGAAAGGCAAGAGUCUUUAUUAGAUAAGGCUUUUUGUUAGCAUUAUUGCAGCUAUUGUUGUUGUGUAAUAUUGGUUGUUAUGUUCUUUGUGUUUUAGUUGUAACUAUAAUGCAGAAUUUUUAUUUUCCCAAUUUGAAUUUAUUUUAGUUCUCAAUCAGGAAUAGAUGAAUGCUGUUUUGAAAGGGUUGACAAAUAACAUAGUACAGUAAAAUAAAGAAAGCACUUUUAUAUGCCUCACUGUUCUACCUGUUCUGUUAUUUAUAGCUGGCUAAGAACAAACUUAGAAUCUAAAGUAGAGUAAAGUGUAGGAAAAAGAUUUUUUUUCUCAUCAAAACACUAUCCUUUUGAUGAAAUGGCAGAAAAACCCUCUAUGCACAGAAUCAUUAUGGAAAGGAUAAGAGUGGGUAACAGAUGAACUAUAGGCGUUUGAGAGGCAGGUGGAUAUCAGUGAUAUUAAUUAUUUUUAUUUCUCUUUCUCACAAAAAAAGGUCAACAGAUUAGGGGGAGGGGAUUUCUCUCUUCUUUUGUGGGCAUGAAUAGAAGUGUUACAUAUUUUUAGAAUAAAUAAUGAUGAAGAUAAUCAAAUGUUCAGAGUCUUCCAAGUUUUUGCUACCUCAAGAAAGACCAGGUAUUGGCCUGUAAUACACUGAUCGUGCAAUAAUAUCUCGUAUAUGUGUUUUUGAAUGUUAAAGUGUCAUACAUAGUUUCUUCGAGGGAAGCCAAGGUGAUAAUGUGACUUUCUCAAAACUAAAAAGCUGAAAGAAAAACAAAAUGAGAUACAGUGAGAAUAUGUGUAUAAAUGAAUGUCAUAUCAUUUUUGUACGUUGUGAAUAAAAGUAUUUCUCACCUAUUACUAUUCUGUGAUAUCAAGCUCUCUUUGAUUGAAAAAUGUACUGACUGCGCUGGGAGGUGUAGAAAAAAAUGGAGGGAACUUGUGAAAACUUAAUGGCAAUAAGAAAACUCAAGGAAGGUGCUUUAUCAUAACUCAUUUCUUUAACCCUUUACUUUGUAAGUAUGAGUCUGUUAGUUAAUUUUUUUUCUGCAUUAAAGUACAUCCUUUAAGAUAAAAGGCAUUAAUGAUAAAACUUUCAACAAAAAUUAGUCAACUUCAUUUAUUAGAUUGAGAAAUUCUAGGCUUGAAUAUUUAUUUCAUUAAUAUUUAAUUUUGUUUUUAUUGAAAAUAAUGAAGUCAGAUUGUUGGCUGCAGGAGACGAGUGUGCCUGAAAUGGUUGUGUCCUAGUACUUUUAAAAAGAAAAGAAAAAUCACCAUUUUGAAUUAGGAAUAUAUUAUCUAUUUAUUUAUUUUUCUCGUCUUUAACCUAUACUUGGUUAAGUAAACAUUCACGAAAAGCCUGUCAUUCCUGUAUGUGGGCAUCCAUCAUAGUAGAUUUUCUUGUCUAUGAAGCACCCAGCUUAGUCAAGGCUUUUGGGCUUCAUAAAGACCUGGAGAAUGUUCUGCCUUUAUUUCUGAUUCUGCCUAUCCAUUAAAAUGCCCAUCAUAGAUUUUAUAACCAGAUGCCUUCCUGCUUCCCGCCUUCUCCAUUAAUUGUAGCUUGGGACUGGCACCUCGGUAAUCUGGCUUGACUGCUCCAAUGCCUACUUUGUUUGUCUAAUUAAAAAGUGUAUCAUAUGGUGAAUCAGCACUUAAGUACUUAAAUUACAUUUUCAUGCUGUCAUACUUCUCUGGCUCGAGGACACAGUUUCUGGCCUUUCCAAUGCAUUUGUCUGCCCAUUAGUUUGUUCAUCAGAUAUGUUUCUCAUAUUCUGAUUUGGCACAAGUAUUAUACUGAAUGCACUGCUUACCACAACCUUCGCUGUUUUAUGCAGGCUUAGAACUUGUGCUAAAAUGGGUCUAGUUGAUUUGCCCUACACAAGUUUAAUGGUCCUAAAAUAUCUGUGGCCUCAAACUGUGGUGAAACAUUUGUUUAUAUUCAGCAUUUCACUAACCAGUGAUCGUUUAUACUUUGUUUAUCCUGAUAUCAACAUCUUUUUUUUUUUUUUUGAAUACUGAAGCCUGAUUUUCUUCAAAAUCAUUAUGAAUGUAGUUGGCAGAUUCAUACGUCCAGUUGGUAAAGGGUUAAGGCACUUAUUUGUAGGUGAUAAGUUUUGAGUAAUAGCUCUAAAAUAUUCAGGUAUCUCAGUUUCAUAGGUAGUCAUUAUGUACUUCAGGGCAAAAAGUGUACAGGUAAAAGCAUCAUUGAUAAUUUAAUUUUCACAUUUAUGUACUUGGCUUUAUGUUUCUUGUUACCUAUUUUUUUUUUAUUCUCCAUGGCAUGGAAACUUAUCUAAUUACCAAAGAGACAUAAAGCUUUAAAAUCCAGACAAGCUGUGAUCCAAUGUAUAAUGUUAAUGAGAGACUACAGUGUAUAUUUUUUGCCCUUUAUUUCUGUGCAGCUGUUACUUAAGAUAAAGUCUUAAUGUGGCCGUUCACUGUAAAAUGGUUUGAAAUUAUAGAUUUUCUUUAAGUAUUUUCAUUUUAUACUAAUAGGUCAAGGAAAAAUUGCACACUUGUAUUUUUACAUCAUUGCAAGAAUAAUUUUUUACUUUUUUUUAUUGUAUUAGCUUUUUUAUAACCUUGAAAAUUUUCAUGUGUUAUUGUUUUUUUCCAUUUUCAUUUAUUGUAUAUGUUCUAAUUAUUAUAAUGUUUUUGAUUGAAGAUUGUAGGCAUUAAAAAAUAUAUUUUACAGUAGUGUUUUUCUCCCAAUGUUAUGGGCUAUUUAACAUAUUUUUUUCUCCCACUAAGACUGCACAUAAGUAACUUAUUAAUACAUAAAAUUAAGCAUGUUUGUACUUAAGGCUAAUCAUAAGUGAUUUGUUACCUGUUGAUUACUUGGUAAAUGUAUCUGAAUCUUAAAGGUCAGAAAAAAGCUUUAUUCUGUGAAAGUUUAUUGUGAGAAAUACCAAAAAAAAAGGUAUGAAUGAAAAGAAAGUUUCAUAAUGUAUGAUGUUAACAUUUCAAUGUUUGAUCCUCUGAAUUUUGUAAUUAUUUUUAUUUUCAUUCCUACCUUUUUCAUGAUUAUCAGAGGAGUUGCUUAAUUUUUACAAGAGAUUUUUGUUGGAAAAAGAAGGAUGGAAUGCAUUUGGUAUUUAUCAAUUAUCUGUACAAUAUUAUAGUUGGUGCAGACUGACUUGUUACAGAUCUAUGAAGAAUUGCCUUUUGUUUGAAGUACAGUGGAACUUUGAUCCAAAGGUUAUUAAAACAUGUAUUUGGCCUCUACUUAAAGUGGAUUUUAAAUCAGAUUGCAGGUAUUGGUAUCUUUUAUUCCUUUACUGCGUUUUGUAAGAGAGAGGGGGAGAGGAAGAGGGAGAUAUUUUAAUACAUUAUGACACUUGAUGCAAAUCAGUUUCUCCAUUUAGGACCAGACAAUCAGAAUAAGUUCGAUUUGUAACUAACAGUCACUUUGCCAUCUACACACACCGUUUCACAAAAUAUACUUUAUUUUAUACAAUAGUAUCUUAACAUUUGUAAUCCUAACUUCAAAUAAAUUAGACAUAUUUCUUAUGUAGAUAUCACUGAUACCUUUUGGAAACUACACAAAACAAGUCCCUCUGUAUUAUGAUCAAGGGAAGAUGCUACUUCUGCUUGACUAGAUGUAAUGCUGUAAAAAGUCAGUUGUCCAACUAUAGGGGAAUAAAGUACUAAUGCAUGUAUUCUGAUAUUACAUGUAGAAUAACACCCUGAAGGGCUAAAUGAAAUCUAAAUGAAAUAAAGCUGAAGGAUCCUCAGGAUGUCUGAGAUGUAGUUACUGUAACUUCUUUUUAUAGCUUGGAAGCAAGCAGUACAUUGUGAAAUAUCCAUUAUUUCAGUUAUAUACCUUUAUAUAAGCUGCAUGUUAAAUAGUGGUAAUUUAUGUAAUAUUUUACUUUGCCUCCUCAGUGAUAUGUGUGCAAUGCAAGAAAAAUAGCGAAAUUAAAUGUUCUGCAUGCAUUUAAGUUAGGUUUUCAAUCCAAUUCUUAAUAAAGGAUACAGUUGUAAGUAUAUAUCAGAUCUGAUUAAUUGGCUCAUAUACUAAAUCUUGACUUAUCUGUUUCUAUUUUGAAUUGCUCUAUCUGAAAAUUUAAAUAAAAUGUAUGACUGAGUCUACUGAAUUGAGGGAGGAAAACUUGAUAUUAAGAUUAUGAAACUUAAAUUUUUUUUUUAUUAAAAAGUGGUUAUAGGUGGAUAGGUAUGAAAUACUCUAUAGUCCUGUUGAGACUAGUUUGUACAUGUUACCAGAUAACUUUACCAGUAAAUUCCAUGCAAUUAAAUGUAAGAUAAAAUGUAAUGUGAAAGCUUCUGGUUGUCAUUGGAUGAUCUGAAAAACUGACAUAUUUUUAGUUCAGAGGCCAUUUAGUACUGUCAGUUAUGGACAGAGGAUUAAGGGCAUUUUACCAUACGAAAUAGUUAUCUUUUCAGAUAACGGCUAGCAGGGAGCCUCAACUGAAUACAGAUCCUGCAAAGAUAUUAAAACAAAUAAUUUUGUUAUGAGAAAUUUGAAGAUGUGUAUUUCAGCCUAGAAAUACAGAUUGUACUGAAAUUAAAUACAUUGUAACAGAUCAGCCUGAGAAAUACGUUUGAUGUUACAAUUACUGUUAAACUGGUUGAAAUUUGCCUGACUUACAUCUUGAUACAAUAGACAUUUGUAAUGUAACAUAAGUUUGUGCAUAUGAUUUUUUUUAUGAACCAUUAACUAUUAAUACACUAGGUAAUUUCAAAUAAUCAUUCUAUAUUUAUGCUUACUUGAAUCCAGUACAGUAGAAAAGGUAAUAGUAUCAUUCAGUAUCCUAUUACUCUAGUUAUUUUCUUAAAUAUCAGUCUUUUUUAGAUCUAUAAUUAGCUGCACCUCCAUUGAAUGAUUCUUCUAGACUGAGUAAAGGAGAAUGUUAGAAUUUUAGUCUGAAAAACAUGGUGUCCUUUUCUAACCUUUCUUCUGCAGUGACUGCAGUCUUACAAUAUUUUACAGAAUGUGUAUGGUUAGUGGUGACUGAUAUGUAAUACCUUUUACAAAACUCUUAGUCUGAUAAAAGUUUUGUAUUGUGUUGUACUGAUCAUACUCUUGUUUACUUGAACUUGCUGUAGUGAAAAGGGAGUGGCUAACAUAACAAACAAGAAUAUUAAUUCAAAGUAAUCACUACUGUCUAAGAAAAGUAAGUUUCAGCAUUGCUUUUAAUUGCACAGAUUUUCCUCCUGAUUAAUAUUAACUAUAGAAGUUGGUUUAAAUUUGCAAAUUCUUACAUUAGUCUGAUAGUAUUGCAUGAUAAGUAAUAAGGUCAUUUCAUCUCUGCUGUGACUGUACAGGAGUUUGUACUUGCCUUGCUUUAUAUUGAUUUCAAAGAAUAUUUGAUUAGUGACCGAAUUAUAUAUCAUGCAGUGGUUCAUAUGGUAUUCAUUUAUCAAAGGAAAUUAUCUUUAGAAUACUGCUGCAUUACUGUACAACCAUCAGCCUCAUAUGUUAAUUUAUUGAAUGAGUGAAAUUCCAAAUAAAAUAUGUCACAAGUACUGA